CUCCCUCCCCGGCUCCCACACGGCGGAGCUGUAGUUCCAGAUCCGGGGGCGACAGCAAUGAAUGGAGGCCUCACGGCAGCGCCGCCCCUCACCUCGGAGCGCCGUUCGCUUGGCGACACGCUCGGCCUUGCCUCGGGCGGCUCUCGCCCAGCCCCGCCAGCUCCAGUCAGCAGGAACCCGGAAGCAGGCGGUGCUGCAACCAAGCCGUUUCCUGCGCCAGACUCGGAGACGGGGCUUGAGCUGCGAUCUGGGGAAGCGGAGCAGCUGCGGAGCCAUGACUCACCAGACCGGCAUCCACGCCACUACGGAAUUAAAGGACUUUUUUGCAAAGGCUCGGAAUGGUUCAAUCCGUCUUAUCAAAAUCGUAAUUGAGGAUGAGCAGUUAGUGCUUGGAGCCUCCAAGGAAUUAUCUCGGCGCUGGGAUAAGGACUACGAUUCCUUUGUGCUUCCUCUGCUAGAUGAACUGCAACCAUGCUACAUCCUUUACCGCCUGGAUACCCAAAAUGCACAGGGCUACGAGUGGCUUUUCAUCUCCUGGUCACCUGACAACUCUCCUGUUAGACUCAAGAUGCUCUACGCAGCAACCCGAGCAACAGUAAAGAAAGAGUUUGGAGGAGGACACAUUAAGGAUGAACUCUUUGGGACAGUAAAGGAAGACAUCUCACUCAGUGGCUACCAGAAGCAUGUGUCUUCUUCCUCUGCUCCAGCUCCUCUGACCGCAGCCGAACAAGAGCUUCAGCAGAUCCGCAUCAAUGAGGUCAAAACUGAAAUCAGUGUAGAAAGCAAACAUCAGACUCUCCAAGGCCUGGCCUUCCCUUUGCAGCCAGAUGCACAACAAGCCAUUCAGCUACUAAAGCAGAAGAAAAUCAAUUACAUCCAGCUGAAGCUGAACCUGGAGCAGGAGACCAUAGAGCUGGUCCACACAAAGGCUACAGAAAUUGCUGAUCUGCCUAGAAGAAUUCCUCAGGAUUCUGCUCGCUACCACUUCUUUCUGUAUAAACACUCUCAUGAGGGAGAUUAUCUGGAGUCAGUAGUGUUUAUCUACUCCAUGCCUGGUUACAAAUGUAGCAUCAAAGAGCGCAUGCUGUAUUCCAGCUGCAAGAGCCGAUUGCUUGACUCCAUAGAGCAAGAUUUCUGCCUAGAAAUUGCAAAGAAGAUUGAAAUUGAUGAUGGAGCUGAGCUGACCGCCGAGUUCCUGUAUGAUGAGGUCCACCCCAAGCAGCAUGCCUUCAAGCAGGCUUUUGCCAAGCCAAAGGGUCCUGUGGGCAAAAGGGGACAGAAGCGACUUAUCAAAGGACCAGGCGAGAACGGAGAAGACAGUUAAACCCAGAGUACGGGUCAGCAAAGAGCUGUGAAUGUCUCCCAGCCUCCAGCGUUGCAGCUCCAAUCCACUUCUCUGCAUUUGAGCCUGUCCACUGAACUCCAGAGCCUUUUCCCUACUUCUUUUCUCAAAGUCACGUCCAUCGGUUUCAUUAACAGGGUGGGAGGGUUGGAAUCGGGGGACAGAGAGGAAGAGGAAGAAGACGGCAUGCUCUUUUUUCUUUCCUUUUGCUCUAUGGUGAUAUAAAUCUAGGGGGAAGGGGUACCGUAGAGCUUUUUGUUCUCUCUCUUUUUUUUAAUAUUUCUUACAACAGAUGCUCCUGUUAUUGCUUCAUCUUGUGGCCUGUCUUGCCUGGAAUCUGCACCACUCAAUGAGUUUUGUAUGCCUCUCAUCUGAAAGAGUUAUAAACUUCUAUCUUGGGUGCUGUGUGAACCCAUCAAAGAGAGGCACUGUGUGUAUGAUAACGGUAACUUAACGGCACUCCCAUCCUGUCAAUGUCAUUCCCUUACCAAGGGAGUCUGUUUCCCUAGUAUCUGAUACAGUGAUCAGUUGCUUACUUGGUUGAGGCGAAGGGCAGUAUGUUCCACAGGUUGUUUUUGAAGUUAGGUGGAAUGGAGGGGAUGGGGGUAGUGCUAAAAAAAAUAGUCAGAUUUCCUCCAAAAAUAGAAGUGUGUUGUUUGGAUUUUAAGAAACUGUUUCCCAAGCUACCGAAGAAGUAAAACUCUCAUUUUGCUCAAGAGUCCUGAUAAUCUCAUUCUAGGCCUCAUGUUUGUGGAAAAAAAAAAUACCCAUCGCAAGUCUAGUGAUGAGUUGGAUUUCUCUUAAAAAGGUGUUCUGCUUCCUUUCUGAUUUGAAGAAAGCCAGUAGCCUUUCUUUCUUCCCUGCCUUAUGUCUUGAUGGCUCAUUGUGUGAUGUUGCAGCCUAGGAUAGACAUAUGGGCAAUUAGGAACCGGGAGCAUAAUUGUCAUACUGCCCUUAUUGGCAUCAUUUCCACUGAACUACAUCAAGAUGGCAAGAAUCGCUUCAUGGGUAGCCCUCAUAUGCUUUCCCAAGUCAUGGUUUCCUCAUGUGCUAGCUUGCAGCCUAACACAGCAUUGACUUAACUGAGAUCAUCUUCUGACUUUAACUGAGAAGGUAGAUUCCUUCCUGAUCUGUUUUUUGCUUGUUUUUUGCCCAUCCACGCUGGGCAUCUAAAAUAAAGUCGCUUGGUCUUUGGUCAUCUCAUAUAUACUCAAUCCUAGAUCAGAGGCCUCCAAACUUGGCAACUUUAAAACUGGUGGACUUCAACUCUCAGAAUUCUGAGAGUUGAAGUCCACAAGUCUUAAAGGUGCCAAGUUUUGGGGACCUCUGUCCUAGAUCAUGAUCCCCAAACCUUUGCAUCCCCUUGUCAUAGAUCUUUAGUUAUGUUAUAGAGCUUUGCAAGGCCAGAGGAACAUUAGCACUUUCAUUGAUCGCUGAACGCUGAUGGGCUCUAUUUUUCACAGAAUGUACUUUGCCCAGAGAACUGUUCAUUCCAUGUGUUAGAUACUGUCUGCCAAGGCUAAUUGUUUUAGAUCCAUGAAAACCAGGUGGAAAGAAAGGAUAGCCCAGGAUGGCAUGAAAUUGUUAUCCAUGUACAUGAUGGAUGGGCAUUUGAACUGCCAAGGACUCUGGGAAGAGUCUUGAUGAUCAGCUUAGAAGACCACGAUCUACUCACAAAAAACUAGAGACACAAUUGUGACCUUAGGAUUGGGAGCUUCUGAAAAAUCAUUAGAGCAGGUGAAGUUGAUAUAUAUAAUGAAAGUUCCUAUGACCCCCAAGGAGCACCCAUAAAAUAAAGUUUUGUAGGAGUCCCAAAAUAAUUUUUUAAGAAUUAUGUUUACAGUAAGACCUCGCUAAUACUCUUAAUAACUAUAUUCCUUCCUGUGUGCCCACAAUUGAAAUGACAGUAGCUUUACGCUGACAUCUCUAACACACUAAAAGAAUGUCUUAAUUGUCUACAUGGUUAACACUGUGGCCAUUGCAUUUAACUCGCUGCAGAUGAAAAGCAAGCUAGGAGUGAUUGUUUCUUUAUCCAUGCUAGUAAUUUAUCAAAUCUUCCAUAAGAAUCAAGGUUUGGAGUUUGGGAGAUGCACAUUCCUGACUGGGCUAUAUGAUGAUGUAAAUUUGGAAAUUAUGGGGGAGGCAGGGCAUACUGUUUUGAAUGCUGUAUUUUCUAAAAAUUAAAGUAUUUUUAAA